AUGCUUUCAAAGACAUCUUUAACACAAGAUCUGCUGACUUAUGGAUAUGUUACAAGUGUUAAUCAUCUAAAAUUGAAAGUUGUCCUUCCAAAUGGUUUUACAGGAUCUGUGGAUCCAGUCCAUAUAUCAGAUGCAUACACAGCCAAACUUGAGAAUUUAGUGGAUUCACAGAAUAAUGAAGAACAAAAUAUGGAAAACAAUUUGCAAAGCUUGUUUCCAGUUGGAUCUUUUAUCAUCUGUAAAGUGAUGAAUCCCAGUUCCAAUCAUGUGAAAUUAUCUCUUAAUCCAAAAGAUAUUAACCAGAAUGUCUUCAGUUCCCAAAUAAAGUUAAAUAUGAUCCUCAUUGGGAGUGUAAACAGCAUUGAAGACCAUGGCUAUGUAAUAGAUUUUGGCAUUAAAAAUAUUUCUGCAUUUUUAAACAACAAGGAUACAGAAGAAUAUAUUGAAAUUUUCAAUAAAGGAAAACCGCUUCAGAUUGGCCAACAAUUACGUUGUUUGAUUGUUUUAGCCCCAAGUGAUAAACAAAAAAAUAAAAAUGAAUCCAGAACAGUGAAAAUCACCAUUGACCCCCUUACGAUUGAUUCAACUGUGAUGAAGCCAUCAAUGAAUUUAUCAUAUACUUGUAUUCAACCUGGUUUAAAAGCUGAAGUAAAAAUUGUAAAGGCUCUGAACAAUUCUUUAAAUGUAACGUUCCAGAAUUAUGAAGGAAUAAUUCCAAGUAUCUAUUGGGAUUUAAACAAAAGAAAUAAACAAUUUUAUUACAGUGAUUUGUUUCCCAAAUACAAAGAAGGCCAAAACAAGACAGGAAUUGUUCAGUCAGUGAACAAUAAAAUUGGAAUCUAUUUGGGAUUACCAAAAGGAAUAUUAGGAAUAGCUGAUUUGCAAGGUUUAAGUGGCAAAGGAUCUUCAUCCAUGGAAGAAGCCUACACUACUGGAUCUGAACACAAGUGCCGAGUGAUCGGAUUUCUGCCUGUAGAAAACUUGGUGCGGGUAUCUGUCAAAUCUAUCCAGACUGACACACAAUUUUUGACUAUAACAGAUGUGAUUCCUGGUGAUGUGGUCACAUGUAAAGUAAAAAAUAUUAUUGAAAAGGGAGUUUUAGUGUCCAUCAAUGAAAGAUUGAAAGGACUUAUUCCAAAAUUUCAUGUUGAUGAUGAUAUGACCAAAUCGCCAGAGGAAAUACUUGGAGAAGGCGAUAACAUUAAAUGUCGAAUUCUGAAUAUUGAUUUAAAAUCUUAUCGGAUCUUUCUAACCUGCAAAAAGUCCUUGGUGGAAAGUACAUGUCCAAUUGUCUUUCGAUUUGAUCAAAUCAAGGAGGAAAUGCUUCUGCAAGGUUAUGUCAAAUUCUUGAAUGAUGUUGGCAUACAGAUUGCAUUUUAUGGUGACCUAACUGUUUGGCUGCCAAAAAAAUGUUUGAACCUGCCACCAAAUGCUUUGCCCUCAGCAGAAUACAAAAUUGGACAAGUGGUCAAAUGUAAGGUCAGCAAACUCAUUCCUGAAGAAGACAAAUUUUUCAUUGUCAUACAGGAUAAUACCAAAAAUCAAAAAUUACCUGUUGAUGAGGUUCCUGCUCCUGAGGUUCAAGAGAAAAGUAUCAAAACCACUCAAAAAGUACCUGUUGUUGUUGAUAUUCCUGCCCCUGAAGUUGGAGAGCUGACCAAAUGUAUCAUCCACAAGAAGACAGCAAAAAGUUUCAGUGUUUAUCUGAUUCCAAGCAAAAAAUCUGCCCUGAUUCCCAAGAUGCACUUGUCUGAUUCAAUGGAAAUGUGUGAAAUGAUGUGGAAUAAUUACCAAACCAAUCAUAUUCUGGAUGUGAUAAUCUUUGAAAAGACCCACAACUUUAUUGUUGCCAGCUGUAAAACAUCACUUAUGAAAGCUACAAAGGAUAAAAAUUUUGUCAGUUCAGUUCAAGAUAUAGAGGUUGGACAAGUUCUGGUUGGUGUUGUACAAAAUGUUUUAGAUUAUGGUAUCUUUGUAGAGUUUCCUGGACACACCAUGGGUUUAGCCAGAAAUAAGUUCAUUACUGCAGAAGAUUAUAUCGUAACUGAUUAUUGGUUCAAGUCAGGUAUGACAGUGCGAGCCAAAGUAAUUGAAGUUAAGGAGAACAAAGAAAAAUUUUGUGUCACCUUGAUAAUGAGUGAUGUAGGAAUUGAUCCUACUUAUGGCCUAAAGUUACUACAAACAGCUUUUAAAGAGAAGGAAGAAAUUACAAAGGUUUUAAAACACAUUAAAGGACAAGAAUGGUUAUUGAACAAUAUUACUGUGGGAACCAUAUGUUUUAUCAAAAUAACAGCAGUUGAUAAAAAUGGUGCACACUGUCAACUUGAGAAUGGAGUAAAAGGUUUCAUAACAAAGCAUCAUACUAGAGGUCAUGAUCUCAAGAAAGGUUUAAGAUCAAAUGCUAUAGUUAUUGAUGUUGACCCUGCUUCUAACUCUGUAGAACUCUGCAUAUCACCUCAAAUCAUUCUGGAUGCAAAAGAAUUAGCUUUAAAUUCUAUACCGGUGCCAAAAAACACUCAGAUGGAAAGUAUUGUAUUAUUAAUUAAAGCAGAUUUAGUUUUGGUGAUGUUGACUACAAAAGUAAAAGGACAACUAGCUUAUCUCUGUCCUAAAAUACAUGAAAAUGAUGUGACAAGUUGUGAGCGAUUCUAUGUUAAUGAAAAACUUAAAGUUGAAUAUGUCAAAAACAUUGGUGACAAAGUUGUGGUGCAACUUCAUCCCUCUGAUGUAAAAGCUUCCCAAAUGAAAGGCCUUGGCACAAAGAAACCUAAAAACACAACAAAAGCUGUAUCUGAUAAAGAAAAUGUGAAAAAAAACAAAAAGGCAAAAUCUGAUAAAAGUAAACCAGUAGUGAAUGACUCUUCAACAACAAAGAAAGAAAAAAAAGGAAAGAAAAGGAAAGCUGAAGAAUCAAAUGAUGUUAUAGUUGAAAAGAAAAAAAGCAAAAAAAAAUGCAAGGAAAUGAAAAAGGAAGAUGAUGAAUGUGAAAUGAAUAAUGAAGUUUUGGAUGUGAUGCCACCAGUUUUUUUCAACUGGGAUGAAACUCCCAAGGGACAGAAUAAUAAAUGUGAUGAUGACAGUGAAGAUGAGAUGAGUCAAGAUGAAGCUGCCUGUACAAAUUCAAAGAUGUCAAAAGCCAAAUUGAAAGAAAAUCAACAGAAGGAAGAACAAAGAUUAUAUGAGUGCUCCCUCCUGUCUUGGCUACUGAUGCAACUAAGCCUUUUCCAUAUUUAUGGUGAACAGGUUUCUUUCAGCUGUCUGGCUACAAGUUAA